AUGACCACCCAGCCAAAAGACCUGCUUCUUCUCGUAUGGGUACACGGAUUCAAAGGUAAUGACGUGACGUUCGAGUCAUUCCCGGAACGCAUAUCCCAUUUACUAGCUACGACCCACCCGUCACUCAAAGUGGAAAGCCGUGUAUUUCCAGCCUAUCAAACCCGGGGCGAACUGACGGCAGCGACGUUGGCAUUUGUAGAUUGGUUGACUGAAUUAGUGGUGAACCUAGAAAAUGACCAUGGAGCAGGUGGAGGAGCUGGAAAGGCAAAGGUGGUCUUGAUGGGACAUUCUAUGGGAGGACUGUUGAUUGCUGAUGCUGCAAGGGAUAUUGCGAGUAAUACGAGAGAAGGAGAUAUGAUGUGGCCUAGGAUAGUGGGGAUACUAGCUUUCGAUACUCCUUAUCUUGGUUUGCAUCCUAAACAUCACCUAUCCCAAGCCGCAUCCUACGUCGACCAGGCUCGCAAUAUCGCCUCUACCGUCGGCAUGCUGUCGCCCAUGGCUCUAGGGUUGGGAUUUGGGAAAUUUGGAAAGAAGACGGAAACCGCUCCAGAAGCUGGACCAUCGAAUAGUCGGACAGCCUCGAGCGGGAAGGGUAAGGAGAAGGAAACCGAAACCGCCGUUUUACCCAAUGCCUCAUCCGCAACUGCCGAAACAACAAGUACCAGCUCGUUUUGGUCGAAGAUACCUUCGAUGGCUGCGCCAUCCACUAAAACAAUGUACGGUCUAGGCGCCGCCGCUUUGGGUGCUGUAGCUUUGGGAACAGCCUAUUAUAGGAGGGAAGAUUUCAUCACGGGAUGGAAAUGGGGGUACGAUCACAUGACGUUCGUGAAGAAUUUAUGGGACGACGAGGGGAUGAAGAACAGGCUGGUGGCUAUACAUGAGUUGAUAGUAGGCAGGAAGAUAGUAUUCCAUAACUACUACACCCAUUUACCUCCCUCUCCACCCACUCAACUAGUCUCACGGACGUUUGCUAUCCUCCCACCGAUGACGCACCCAUUGUACAAACAUUUCGAUACGGCUUCGAACACCAUAGCGAAAGAUGAAGUCUCAGCUCACAUGGGGAUGUUCAACCCUAAGACUAACGAUGGAUUCUACGAUCUAGGUCUAGAAGUGGUCAGGGUGAUAGGUGAGAAGAUCGAGGAGGAGGGAGUGGGUAGAUCGGAUGUCAAGGGGCUGGACGAAGUUCUAGCGGAUUUGGAUCAUACCGAAUCUCAAGCGAAAGAGAAAGAGGAUGGAGAGUGGGGAGUGGAAAAAGAUGAAUCGGGACAUGAGGUAUGGGUAGAGAAGUAG